GCACUUGGUAAGUUGGUCGUCUAUGGCUGUUCUUUCGUUGUGUAUGUACAGUGGUUUGGUAUUUAGUAAGAAGGUGGUUGUGAACGUGAGUGAAGUGAAAUUAAAGCUUUAAGUGCUAAUUUGUUUUGGUUUUGGGCAGAAUCAUGGCAGAUCCUCUAAGUUUACUUCGUCAGUACAAUGUGAAUAAAAAGGAAAUUAUUGAAAGGGAUAACCAGAUCAUUUUUGGGGAGUUUUCUUGGCCAAAAAAUGUCAAGACCAACUACCUUAUGUGGGGGUCUGGUAAAGAUGGGGCAGCAAAGGAGUAUUAUACAUUGGAGUGUUUGCUAUUUCUACUCAAGAAUGUUACACUGUCACAUCCUGUAUAUGUCCGACAAGCUGCUGCUGAAAAUAUACCAGUUAUGCGUAGACCUGACCGCAAAGACCUUUUGGCUUAUUUAAAUGGAGAAACUGCUACUUCUGCAAAUAUUGAUAAAAGCGCACCUUUAGAAAUUCCAACACAAGUAAAACGUGCACCAGACGAAUCCAUAGAGAGUGUGGCAAAGAAACCCAGGCUAGAAGAUAUGCAAGUGCAGAGGGUAAAACAACAACUUGCUGCAAGGUUGGAUGCACCCAAAGAAGCAUCGGUAACAGUUGACAAUAUUAAAUCUCUGUCCGAAGCCAUGUCAGUAGAAAAGAUUGCUGCCAUUAAGGCAAAGCGCUUGGCCAAGAAGAGGACUACGAUCAAAGGACAUGAUGAUAUUGGGAUUGGUUCAGAUCUCAGAGUUAUGUUGGACUUUGAUGUUGAUAUUACAAAAGACAUAAUCUCCAGAGAAAGACAAUGGAGGACUAGAACUACAAUAUUACAAAGUACCGGAAAAAUGUUUGCAAAAAAUGUUUUUGCCAUUCUGCAGUCAAUAAAGGCACGAGAGGAGGGCAGACACAGGCCUCCUGCUGCAACACCGAUUAUGACACCUAGAGCCACUCCCAUCAAGCCUGUUAUCCCUCAGCCUGCAGUUUACAACCGUUACGAUCAGGAACGGUUUAUUAGACAGAAAGAAGAGACGGAAGGAUUUAAAAUCGAUACAAUGGGAACAUAUCACGGAAUGACUUUGAAGUCAGUAACUGAAGGCAAUCAACCUAAAAAAAUGCCUGCUCCUCAGACACCACAUCCUCCUCAGCCUAUUCCAACAGCACAGGCUCGUCUCGGGUUGUCUUCCCAAGCUAAUAAAAGAAUCUCUCGUACUCCCAUCAUCAUCAUCCCUGCAGCAAACACUUCUCUCAUCACCAUGUACAAUGCCAAGGACAUUCUUCAGGACCUCAAAUUUGUUACUACCGAAGAAAAGAAGAUGCAAGGUGCUAAACGAGACAAUGACAUUUUGCUACAACGGCGGAAGGAUGGAGGCUUGACAGUUCCAUACCGAGUUAUUGAUAACCCUCAGAAACUCACAUUAGGAGACUGGGACCGAGUAGUGGCUGUGUUCGUAAUGGGCCCUGCUUGGCAGUUUAAAGGGUGGCCCUGGGAUGGAAAUCCUGUGGAAAUAUUUUCUAAAAUAUGCGGCUUUCAUCUAAAGUAUGAUGAGAUGAGACUGGACAAGAAUGUGGAGGGCUGGGCUGUGUCUGUUAUCCAGUUAUCUAGAACUAAACGCCAUUUGGAUCGAGCGGCACUUAUGGUCUUCUGGGAAAGACUAGACAAGCACUUGAUGAAAAACAAACCUCAUCUUCGAUUCUGAAAGUCUAGUUAUGUGCCUCCCAUGUAUAUAUUUAAUUCUCUAUGACAUAUUCCAGUUAUUGUAGAUAAACUUUGUUUAUAAAGAAUCACUAA